GUGGGCUCUCAGCAGUGCGGGCUGGCGGGGGUGGUUGGAGUUUUGCGGGGCUCCUGGGCGCCCACCAUCACCUGCCCACCGCUCCGCCGGCAGCCGCGGUGGGGCCUCCUGCUCCCGGGGCGCGGAGCCCGGAGGAUGACUCUCAGGUUCCUGAAUGUGCUGUCAAAUGCCGAAGCAUUGAAUUAGCUGAAUCCUCUGCAUUAUUGCUGAUGUUUAAAAAGGCCUAAAAGAAAGUAGACAACUGGUGCUUCUGUUACGAUGUUUUAAGGUUGCAUGUCAGGUUGGACUUGAUGCAUGGCAUUUGCAUGACACCCAACAGCCUAGCUCUGGAUGUGUUACUGAGCAAACAUGGCCUACCCAGCAAAUACUAACGGCAUUGCUACAGAGAAAGAGGAAGUUGUUAUAAAUGGAGAAAAUGAAAAACAACGGAAGGACCCCUAUUUUGUGGAAACACCUUAUGGUUACCAGCUAGACUUGGAUUUUCUGAAGUAUGUGGAUGAUAUACAAAAGGGGAAUACCAUUAAGAAACUAAACAUCCGGAAGAAGAGGAAAACCAUACCAGCCUUGGCAGGUACCAAGAACUCUGGUGGCCAGUGCAGUGGCUGGACCUCCACGGAGUCUCUUUCUUCAUCAAAUAGUGAUGAGAACAAGCAGUCUUGUUUGAGAGCAAAGCAUCAAGUAACCUUGCCUGUUGCUGCAAGACCCUCAGUUUCCUUUGAAGCAUCUCCUUCCUACUUAACUGUUCCUGACAUUAAGCAGCUUCCUCCUCCCUCCCCCCAGCCUCCUCGGCAUAACCUCCUUGUAACAAAAACCCUCAUGGAAACACGGCGGCGACUUGAACAGGAGAGGAUGAUGCAGGUCAUACCUGGAGAUGCCCGCAGGCCCCGGCUUUCCAGCUUUGGAGGCAUGGGCUCCACAAGCUCCCUCCCCUCUUUUGUGGGAUCCAGCGGGUACGGUCACAUGUCUCAGCAGUUACAGAAUGGGUAUCAGGGGAACGGUGACUACGGUGCCUGCUUCAGCUCCUCCUUGGGCAGUUCCAUUCGUCACAGCCCCAUGAGCUCGGGCAUAUCCACACCAGUCACCAACGUGAGCCCAGUGCAUCUGCAGCACAUCAGGGAGCAAAUGGCAGUUGCCCUCAAGCGACUCAAGGAACUCGAGGAGCAAGUCAAGACCAUUCCUGUGCUGCAGGUCAAAAUUUCCGUGUUACAGGAAGAGAAGAGGCACAUGAUGGCUGAACUGAAAAACCAGAGGAAAGCCACUCAGAAUGACACGUAUGGUUUCAGAAAGCGAUCCUACAGUGCAGGAAAUGCAGAGCAGUGGGAGCACAUGUCUCAGGUGAGAAGAGGUGGAGAACUGUAUAUAGAUUGUGAGGAAGAGGUGGAGAAUGUGGAGCAGAGCUCUCAAAGGAUAGAGGAGUUCAGACAGCUGACUGCCGAGAUGCAAGCUCUGGAGAAAAAAAUCCAGGACAGCAACUAUGAAAGCCCAGCAAACCUUCAGGUUAACAGAGAAAGCCUGACAAAAGAAGCCCGAUGUGUUGCUGUAGGUGGUGAUGAGAACAUGAACGAUGUGGUUAUAUACAGCAGAUCUGCAAGGCAACACAAAGAAGUAGCUGUGGGGACAGAGAAAGAAAUGAGAGAGUGUGGGGUUGGGGUGACAGAGGCUAUGCUUGGCUUGUCUACGGAGGUCGAGAAGGAGAUAGAGCUUCAGCAGCAGACCAUCGAAGCCCUUAAGGAGAAGAUAUACAGGCUAGAGGUUCAGUUAAAGGAAACGACCCAUGACAGGGAAAUGACCAAAUUAAAACAGGAGCUGCAGGCGGCUGGGUCUAGGAAAAAGGUGGAUAAAGCCAUGAUGGCUCAGGCCCAUGUCAUCAGCAGGAUCGUGGAGGCCGUUGUACAAACAAGAGACCAAAUGGUGGGAGACCACGUGGACUUCGCUGAUUCAUCGGUGGGAAACCACCUUCAGAUGAGCAGCAUCGGCACCUCCUGCAGACCUGCCGUACAGAGCGUGGCUGCGGGCCCCGAGCUCCUGAUGAGCCAGUGGCUGGUGAGGGAGAGGGCAGAGGUGCGAGACCAGGGCACGGGGAGCUCUGUUGAGCUGCGUGAUGAGGCGGUGGGUGUAGAGACAAGAGUCUGUGAGACCGGCAUCAACACAGAGGAGCCGGCAGACAUGCCGAGUCCCCGCCAGCUGGCACAGGCAGCCGCAGAGGUGACGUCUGUGGGCUGUGGGGAUUGCUCGGUGGACGUGGUGGUUUGCACCCCCAAGGAGCACGUGUCCCGUGAAACAGCCACAGAGGCUGUGCUCAGCAUGGAGGCAACAGUGAUGGCCGUGCCUUCUGUGGCUAGCCGGGAAACCAGCACUGCUUUGGAGAUGGUGAGUCGGUGCACCAGCACGGAUGUAGCUUCCCUGGUGGACUGCGGGACAAACACUGCUCUGAGCAGCUGCGAUAAACAGACCAACACCGAGAGCAUGGAGACACGGAGCGUGGCAGUAGGAGAUGGCCGGGUGAAGGACAUACACGCGUCUGCUAAAACGCGUUCGGUAGGAGUGGGCACCUUGCUCUCUGGCCACCCUGGCUCUGAAAAGCCCUCUGCAGUAAAAACCAAAGAUUGUGGUGUUGGGCAGAUAAAUGUUCAUGAGAAUUACCUGGUUGGUCUUAAAAUGAGGAGCAUUGCCUGCGGACCCCCUCCAUUGCCAGUUGUGCCGCCUGGCACCAGGAGCAUUGGUGUUGGUGGAGAGUCUGUGUGUGAGCCGGUGAGUGGUCUGUUGGAAAGCCCUCUGCCUCCACCUGAGCUGAGGACAGGCUUGGAUCACUAUAUCGAGCGUGUGCAGAAGCUGCUGCAGGAACAGCAGAUGCUGCUUGCUGAAAAUUACAGUGAAUUGGCAGAAGCCUUUGGGGAGCCCCACUCCCAGAUUGGAUCCCUCAAUUCGCAGCUCAUCAGUACCCUCAGCUCCAUCAACUCCGUCAUGAAAUAUGCCAGCACAGAGGAGCUGCGGAGCCUGGACCUUCAGAAGCAGUGCAUGGAGAGAAGCACCACACCAGGUAAGCUCAGCGUCCGGGCACGUGUUUGGUUGGCUACUUGCCAGAGCCACAGGUCAGUCACCUCCUCGGCUCUCGCUUAGACUAGAAGCAGGCGUGUGAUCAUCCCCAGUGAAAUGCAGAACAUAACAUCAUUGCUGGACAUGUCCGUUUGGGUAUUGUCUCCAGCCCGCUACUGGUAACCGAAGAAAACACAAGUGAUUUAAUCUCUCCCAGUCCAGCGGACUCUGAAGGGCCUGACGAUGAUGAUGAUGGCUCUGACCAUGCAAGAGAGGUAUCUAAAAGUGUGCAGCAUCUGACCACUGUGCAAGGUGUUGAGUUCACUUACAACUUUAAGAGUAUUCAAGGUUAAUGCCUGUGGGUUUGGAGUUUUGUCCUUUCUUUAAACUUGGCAUGCAAUUUUUAAAUCUACAGUGUCAGAUUUGACAGAGUUGAAAGUCACGUUCAGCAUCUAUAUCAAACUGACUUGUUUCCACAGACAUUUCCCUGGGUCUUGAAAUGUUUCUUCCAGUGCCUUCACACCUUGUGCCAGAGACCUUUGGGGUGCUUUUCCCAUUCCAGCAAGACUGAUUGCUUUGUAAUGGGCAACUCCAGAGCACUUCACAGAAACCACAUCUUGCGUCUUCUCUGUUCUAGUAACUAUCCUAAUCCCUAAUUAUAGCCUCGUGUGAAACACAUGAGCUGUAAUUACUGCUGGAGGUUUUGGUGACACUCAGGAAAGGCAAGAAUUGAGAUUUAAAUGGUCCUUGCAUUUAUUUAUUAACUUUAAUAAUUUUUUUAUACUAUUAAUUUGAGGGAUUUCUUUAUUCCCUAGGGUAAAGUUGCUUACUUUUUUUUUAAUUACUAUGAAUUUUGGGUGACUGAUAGUCUAGUUCAAAACUUAGCCAUUUUUUCUAAUACCUUAUUGGUGAAUCCAAGCACAUUACUGUUAAAUGUAACAAUUUUGGCUUACUGGACACCAAUAUGUAAUACUCUAGCAGUGACUGUUAGAUACUGUCUUCUUGGUCCUGCCACACAGUGACUGAAACAAGAGGUUAAAGAAAUGUGAAAAACUUGUGCAAAUUCGUCUGUAUGGUGGGUGCUGAA